GGAGACUGAAUCUCGCGAUAAAGGUUUAUUAUCUCGCGGGACUGCGGCUGGCAGACGGGCUCUUGGGCGGCUCUGGCCGGGAAGAGGAGUCGCAUGUGUCGUUUCAGCUGGCGGUAGUGGCGGGCGCGGAGGCGGCGGAGGCUGUGCGACCGCCUGGGUUUUGAGAUGGCUGCUGACAUUUCUGAAUCCGGUGGACAUGAUUGCAGAGGAGACCCGAGGAGCAGUACCAAGUUAGAUGCAGAUUACCCGCUUCGAGUCCUUUACUGCGGAGUCUGUUCAUUACCAACAGAGUACUGUGAAUAUAUGCCUGAUGUCGCUAAAUGUAGACAAUGGUUAGAGAAGAAUUUUCCAAAUGAGUUUGCAAAACUUACUGUAGAAAAUUCACCCAAACAAGAAGCUGGAAUUAAUGAGGGUCAAGGAACAGCAGGGGAAGAGGAAGAGAAGAAAAAACAAAAGAGAGGUGGAAGGGGUCAAAUAAAACAAAAAAAGAAGACUGUACCACAGAAGGUUACGAUAGCCAAAAUUCCCAGAGCAAAGAAGAAAUACGUAACAAGAGUGUGUGGCCUUGCGACUUUCGAAAUCGAUCUUAAAGAAGCACAAAGGUUUUUUGCUCAGAAAUUCUCCUGUGGUGCCUCAGUAACAGGGGAGGAUGAAAUCAUCAUUCAGGGAGACUUUACAGAUGACAUAAUUGAUGUCAUUCAGGAAAAAUGGCCAGAAGUGGAUGAUGAUAGCAUUGAAGAUCUUGGAGAAGUGAAGAAGUGAUUUUGAAAAUUUGUCUGUAUUUAAAGAUCUGAACUGAUUGUUGAUAUGGCCAAAGGGAGAGAGGCCUUUUAAAAUAUAUAUAUAUAUAUAUAUUUAUCCUACAGUAAAACUGUAGCCUACCCUCACCCUUGGCAUUUUCACUGUUCUGUACAGGGCUGCUUGUUUUUUUUUUUUGUUGCCAAAGUCUGAUAAACAGGAGAGACUGUCAUGCUUAUGCAUGAAAUAGAAUUUAGUCAAAUAAAAAAUUUUGGUCAUUUGG